AUGCAACCAGUCGAAGUAAUCGCCGACGUUGUAGAAGUGAGGCACAGAAGGUUGGAGACAAACUCAAACACUUUCAUGGCGAAAUUUGAUCAAACAGCAACUUUCCACAAGUCUGUUGCACCUGGAAACCACAAGGCGAUUGUUUUUAUCCACGGAGGGGCCUGGAUCGACCCAUCGAACACACCUCAGGACUUUGAGAAGCUUGCUAAGCACUUGCUAGCCUUGACGCAUUCACAACCAACAUUCUCCUUAUAUGCAAUUGAAUAUCGCUUGUCUCCUGAAGUCAAGCAUCCAGUACACAUCCAAGACGUGGCCGAAAAUAUUGCAGAACUGAUCAAACUUGAAAAGAUAGAUGAAUUGCACAUCCUUGGACAUUCAGUGGGUGCCACGCUGGCGUGGCAGCUGUUAAGCAUGCCGCUAGACAAUCAAGUUGUUAACUCUCUUCAAUUGGGGCAUAUUAGGUCCAUUUUAAAGCAAUGCUUUUUAGUUGAUGGCAUCUUCUCUCUCACAGAAUUACUAUUGGAAUAUCCGACUUAUGACUACUUCGUUUUUCAGGCAUUCAAUAGCACUACUGAGUAUGAUGAUCCGAAGUCUUCCUCGUUAGAUAUUCCCUCCGAUGUUGAGUUACACAUUCUUCAUUCUUACCGCGAUGAAUUGCUUUCACUGCGGCAAAGUAACUACCUAUGCCACGUUCUACAGGCUCGUCACCAACCAUUUCAAAGUUAUUGGACAGAUAUGGGUAAGCAUAAUGACGUUUAUGAAAGUUUGACCUUAGCAAAGUAUAUCCUAUGUAGCAUGACGCGCCAGGUCUCAAAAGAUAAGUGA